AUGCGGUUAUACAUUAUCCAGUUUUUUAUUUUUACAAUACUAAUAAGUAAUGUUUUUACCGAAAACAAAUAUAGCCGGUCCGCCAAUGAAAAGAAAAACAAUGGUGUAGACUUUAGAGCUCUAGAGAAACCUUUUAGGAUGAAUAAAUUAAAUCUUCUAUGGACGAAAGCUAAACAGCGCUUGCCAGAACCGAAGCUGAAAUCUCUUUAUAGUGAUUUGAUGAUUCAAGAUAAAGAAGAAAUUACGUAUAAAAGGAUCAAAAGUGAGGGCAUUGAUAAGGAAGGUCUUAAAGAAGCUGAAUUAAGACGCAAACUCACUAGCAUUAUGGAUGCCUACGGGCUUCGACAUCACUUUGAAGAUGUUCCAGCAGGCAAACAAAAAGAACACAGUGCUUAUAACUCCGCAAUGGACGAAUCUAUACUAAACAAGAGUCUCUUCAAAGACAAAAAAUUAAAUAUUCUCUGGGCGAAGGCGGAGGCUUCAGGUUUUACUAACGAAGAACUGUCUGCCCUUAAAGAAGAGUUUCUGCAUCAUCAGGAGAAAAUAGAUCAGUACUACGACUUACUCGUUAAUAUUGAUGUCGAACCGAAAGAUGGUUAUAAGAGUGAGUAUACAGGAAAAAUAAAUGUGGUGAAUGAAGACGAGAUUACAAAGUUCAAUGAAAUUAACUAUGAGAAGGACAACAAUGAGGAGUUCAAUAAAGAUUACGUGGAUAAGGCGAACUUGGUGAGAGAGAAACAUCGCGGACUGAGAGACGGUUACGACAGGCUACAGAGGAUCGCUGCUAGAGGUCCAACCAACAGAGAGUUCAUUGAACCCAAAGUCCAGGGACUGUGGAAGAUAGCGACGGCUGCUAACUUCACCGUCGACGAACUGGCUUCAUUGAAGGUGGAACUGCAGCAUUAUGAAAACCGUCUAUUAAAGCUGCGAACUCUUCACGCAGAUCACGUAAGCAAUCUUGGCAAGCAUCAUAGCAAGGUGGCGGCGGCCGGUGACAAAAUGGAUUACUUCGCCGACCAGCAACAGAUGAUAAAGAAACACACUCUCAAGGUGGAGAAGCUGCACCAGGACAUCGAGAGCAGGAUAAUGGCGCGUCACACUGAACUAUAG